GUACGAAGAAAUUAAUCAAUCACUCGCAAUCGGUUCCAACUUAGGAAAUAGACGAUCACAUUUCCAAAAUAUAUUUUCAUAAAAAAAAUUAACAAAAAUUACAAAAAUGCUUGGCAGUGCAAGUAAAUUAUUAGUACGUCAAUCAUUAGGCAAUUUUGUUCGCCAUGGAUCUCAUGGUGGAAUUAUUGGAGAGAAUUUACCCUUCUCUCUUAAAAACCGAUACCGAUUCACUGCACUUUUUGUGGUCUUUUUCGGAUCUGGAUUGGCUGCUCCAUUCCUUGUUCUUAGACAUCAAUUACUUAAGAAGUAAACUGUAGAGAUGAAUGUUUCAACAUUAGCUUAAAUCCAGAAAAAUUAUGGAUAAUUAUUAUUAAAUAUUUUACUGUGAAAAUAAAAUAAAAGAAAAACCAAAUAA